AUGUACAUCAAGAGAGUGGUUAUCAAGGGGUUUAAAACCUAUAGGAAUGAGACAAUUAUUGAUAAUUUCUCGCCGCAUCAAAACGUUAUCAUAGGGUCUAAUGGAUCAGGAAAAUCGAACUUCUUUGCUGCUAUUAGGUUUGUUUUGAGUGAUGAUUACUCAAAUCUGAAGAGAGAAGAGAGACAGGGGCUGAUUCACCAAGGUUCGGGUGGUUCGGUGAUGAGUGCCUCGGUGGAGAUUGUGUUUCACGAUCCAGACCACUCAAUGAUAUUGCCCUCUGGUGUGCUCUCAAGAGGGGAUGACGAAGUGACAAUUAGAAGAACGGUGGGUUUGAAGAAAGAUGACUACCAAUUGAAUGACAGAAACGUCACUAAGGGAGACAUUGUCAGGAUGUUGGAAACCGCAGGAUUCUCGAUGAAUAAUCCUUAUAACAUAGUGCCACAGGGCAAAAUCGUUGCUUUAACGAACGCUAAGGACAAAGAAAGAUUGCAAUUAUUGGAAGACGUUGUAGGGGCCAAAUCCUUUGAAGUCAAACUAAAGGCUUCAUUGAAAAAAAUGGAGGAAACAGAGCAGAAAAAGACACAGAUUAAUAAAGAAAUGGAUGAGUUGAACUCAAAACUGAGUGAAAUGGAACAGGAGCGUGAAGAACUGGAAAAGUACAAUGAAUUGGAACGUAAUAGAAAGGUCUACCAAUUUACUCUAUACGAUCGAGAAAUGAAUGACGUUAUCAACCAAAUGGAAAAAUUAGAUGGCGACUACAACAAUACUGUAUAUUCUUCUGAACAAUAUAUUCAAGAGCUAGAUAAAAGGGAAGAUAUGAUCGAGCAAGUCUCCAAAAAUCUAUCAAAUAUUGAAGCGUCUUUGAAGAUUAAAAAUACUACGGAUCUACAACAGGCAAAACUAAGGGAGUCUGAGAUUUCUCAAGAAUUAACAAAUGUUAGCGUAAAGAUAAAAGAUGUCCAAUUGCAAAUUGAGUCGAAUAGCGAACAGAGAAAUUUGGACGGUUCAACACUAAAAGAGGUUGAAUCCAAGAUCAAACUGAAACAACAAAAGCUGUCCAAAAUAUUACCUAGAUUUCAAGAACUUACGAAGGAAGAAGCAAUGUAUAAACUUCAAUUAGCGUCGUUACAACAAAAGCAAAGAGAUUUGGUUUUCAAAAAAGGUGAAUAUGCUCGUUUCAAGUCCAAAGAGGAGCGCGACUCAUGGAUUUAUUCAGAAAUUGAGGAAUUAAAAUCAUCGAUGCAAAACCUUAAUGACUUAGGAAGUAAACUACAGAUGGACCGUACUUCUUUGAAGGAGAGCUUAUUCAAGAUUGACGAAGAAAUUGAAGAGCUGACCGAUUCUAUUAACGGACCGGAUAUCAAAGGUCAACUAGAAGAUUUUGAUUCUGAAUUAAUCAAGCUCAAGCAGAAACUGAACGAAAGUUUGGACACUCGUAAAGAGUUAUGGAGAAAGGAACAGAAAUUACAAACAGUUAUGGAAACUAUAUUGAGUGAUGUCAACCAAAACCAAAGAAAUGUCAAUGAAACUAUGAGCAGAUCAUUAGCAAAUGGUAUAAUUAAUGUUAAAGAAAUCACAGAAAAAUUAAAGAUAUCGCCGGAAUCCGUGUUUGGAACAUUAGGAGAACUAAUAAAAGUUAACGAUAAAUAUAAAGCAUGCGCUGAAGUAAUCGGAGGUAACUCUCUUUUUCACAUCGUAGUGGACACAGAGGAAACAGCCACCUUGAUCAUGAAUGAGUUGUAUCGAAUGAAGGGUGGAAGAGUAACAUUUAUCCCACUGAACAAAUUAUCUUUGGACGCUGACGUUAAAUUCCCCUCAAAUUCUACAACUCAAAUACAAUUCACCCCCCUAAUAAAAAAGAUAAAGUAUCAACCUAGAUUUGAAAAAGCUGUCAAACACGUUUUUGGUAAAACCAUUGUCGUCAAAGAUUUGGGCCAAGGUUUAAAGCUAGCUAAAAAACACAAACUCAAUGCCAUUACGUUGGAUGGUGAUAGAGCAGAUAAAAGGGGUGUACUAACGGGUGGGUACCUUGACCAACACAAAAGAACUCGUUUGGAUUCUUUAAAGAACUUGAAUGAAUCGAGAAACCAGCACAAAAGUAUUGGUGAUGAGUUACAAGUUGUCAGAAACGAACUAAAUGAUAUUGAUGCUCAAAUUGAUCAAUUAAACGGGAACAUAAGAAAAGUGUCCAACGAUAGAGAAUCCGUCUUGACAAAUAUUGAAAUUUUCAGAACAUCAUUAAACACUAAAAAGAAUGAAAGAUUGAUUCUCGAAGAAUCUUCAAACGCCAUUGUGUUGAAGUUAGAAAAGCAGAAGACAAACCUAAAAUUCGCCCAAGAAAAGAUGGAUACAUAUGAAAAUGAUUUGCUUCAGGACUUUGAUAGCGAACUUUCCAAAGAAGAAAAGGAAAAGCUGGAAUCUUUAACCAAAGAGAUCAAUGUGUUGCAUAACAAAUUGGAUCUUACUUCAGAUGCACUGGAAGGUAUAACUACAACAAUUGAUUCAUUGAAUGCCGAAUUAGAGUCCAAACUUAUUCCACAGCAAAACGACCUCAAGAUAAAAAUGGCCGAGGUUGGUGAUGCAUUCAUUUUGGGUCUACAGGAUGAACUAAAAGAAUUAGAUUUAGAGAAGGAAAGUGUCGAGAAACAAUACGAAAACGCUACAUUAGAACUAGGCACUAUCCAAAGGGAAAUCGAAACACUUGUUGCAGAAGAAACAAAUAAUAAGAAGCUGUUAGAAAAAGCAAACAAUCAACAGCGUUUAUUAUUAAAGAAACUUGACAAUUUUCAGAAAAGUGUGGAGAAAACAAUGAUUAAGAAGACAACGUUGGUUACGAGAAGAGAGGAACUGCAGCAAAGAAUUAGAGAAAUUGGAUUACUUCCUGAAGAUGCUUUAAUGAAUGAUUUUAGUGACAUUACAAGUGAUCAGCUAUUACAAAAGUUGAAUGAUAUGAAUACGGAGAUCUCGAGCUUGAAGAAUGUUAAUAAGAGAGCUUUUGAAAAUUUCAAAAAGUUCAACGAAAAGCGUAAAGAUCUUUCGGGAAGAGCUUCGGAGCUAGAGGAAUCUAAAGAUUCGAUCCAGGACUUGAUUGUUAAAUUAAAACAACAAAAGGUUAGUGCGGUUGAUUCUACAUUCCAAAAAGUCUCUGAAAACUUCGAAACUGUUUUCGAGAGAUUAGUUCCAAGAGGUACCGCUAAACUAGUCAUUCAUCGUCGAAAUGAAAGCUCUAAUGAUCAAGCAGAUGACGUUGAUAUUGAUAUGGACUCCGGUAAAAAUGAAGAUACAAUUAAUAAAGAGGGUGAAACUGUCUACACCGGUGUUUCAAUUUCCGUUUCCUUCAACUCUAAGCAAAACGAGCAAUUGCAUGUCGAACAACUGUCAGGUGGUCAAAAGACAGUGUGUGCCAUUGCUUUAAUCUUAGCGAUACAAAUGGUAGAUCCUGCCUCCUUUUACUUGUUUGACGAAAUCGAUGCUGCAUUAGACAAACAAUAUAGAACUGCUGUAGCCACAUUAAUCAAAGAGCUGUCAACCAAUGCCCAAUUCAUUUGUACGACGUUUAGAACAGAUAUGUUGCAAGUAGCAGACAAGUUUUUCCGCGUUAAGUAUGAGAAUAAAAUAUCCACAGUCAUCGAGGUCAAUAGAGAAGAAGCAAUCGGUUUUAUUAGGGGCAGUAAUAAAUUCGCUGAGGUUUGA